CGGCUACAAGGGACAUCCGGGAGCUGCAUUGCGUGAGAGACUGUGUGUGUGUGUCUGUCUCCGUCACCCAUCACAGCGCGGACUCUCAUUACCAGUCCGGUAGAAGAAGAAGAGGAGGAGGAGGAGGCGACGAGGAAGAGGGAAGGAGCUCAGCGGCUCGUGUUUAUUUAGUCCGACAGACGAACCAGGGGCAGCAUGUCCGCUCAGCCCGGUGAGGAGCCAGGUCCGGAGGGGAAGUGGUUCGGGGACGACCGUGAGAGGACCGACCCGUUCGGGGACACGGCGACCCGGUUCGACGAGCUCCGCGGGGGGGCGAGGGCGACCGACGACCCGGCGCAACGAUUCCAUCCCCGUCACCAGGACUACGGGAACAGGCCUCCCGUUGCUAUGGAGACUGCAUCCACAGAUGACCCCAUGUCUGGCCUGUUCAGGAAGCCUAUGAACGAUGACGGUGAUGUCUACACGUCCCUGCUGUCCAAUCAGAGCUUCACGUCGAGCCGGGAGUCCUCUUACCUGUCAGAAGACUUGAAGCCGUCCAAGUCCUCCACCGGCUCCUCUGCCCUGAAUGACUUCUCCAGCGACAACUACAGCUUCAGCUCCAACACCAAGAUGACCUCUGACCUGGUUGAUGACUUUCCAAAUUCUCUGAUGGGCUCGGAUAAGACCGAAUCCUACAACUACAUGGACAUCAGCCACGGAGACGAGCGCCAUGAGCAGCACAAGGUGCCUCCGCCCAGCCUGGUGGACCCAAGCCUGCCUAGCCGUGACUUGCUGGGAAGCUACAUGGACAACUACCGAGGAAGAGAUGAAGAGAAUGAAGAGGAUGAAGAGGAUGAAGAGGAUGAAGAGGAAGAAGAGGAAGAGGAGAAACUAGGUCCAGCGCUGGGCUCUCACUCUUUCCCGUACGUGGAGGAGCCCUCUGAUGAAGAGGUCUCAGAUUACCGCUCCUACCGAAACCUAGGCGGCACCCCCCAGACAGCCAGCCCAGUGAAGAUCACCCUGACUGAGUCCCACCCUCCGGCCGAGCCACAGCAGCGUCCUCCUGCAGUCAGUGUGUCCGAGCGUGAAAACGUCCUGAGUGUGGGCUUGCAGGGGGUUCCCACUGUCACCCUGUCAGAGCCAGAGGACGACAGCCCUGCUUCUACUCCCAAUGCUUCACCAACACAAAAGGAAUUCUCUUCCCAUGACAUGUUCAAGGCUGACACAGUGAAGCCUGCAGCUUCCAAAAGCAGCUCCGGCAUAAAGGCUGGCAACAGGGAGCCUGAUGGCAGCAGUGCCGAGUCUGGAGACUCAGAGAUCGAGCUGGUGUCUGAGGAGCCUCCCAAGGCCAGUAGUAACCCAUUUGCCCAGCUACCUAAAAGCAAGGGUGCUUUCAGCCAGCCUAACAACCCCUUUGACAAUCCCCCGGUCGCCAAGGGUGGUUUCGGCCUGGCAGGCAACCACGCUCCACCCACAGCCUACAGCAUUCUGAGAGAGGAGAGAGAGGCAGAGCUCGACAGUGACCUCUUCAUUGAGUCUGCGUCAGAGGAGAGCCCGAAGAGAGAGCAGGGCGUCAGUGGCCCCAAACUGGGUGUGAACCCUGCCUCUCCCCUAGUUCCCAGCACCGUCCCUCCCCGCAGCGCCGCUGAGGCCGUGCCAGCACCGUCCCUGGUCACAGAAAAGGUCAAGACCCAAGUGAAAACAGAGGAGGAUCGCUCCAGCAAGCCCAAGCCCCCCACUGCCGCCGUGCCCCCAGAGGUGCGACUGGAGAAGCCCCUUCAGGACAACAUGCACAGGCACACCACUGAAGGGAAAGAAGACCAAGAAAAACCUGGGGCAUCAGUGUUUCCAGUUCGUUUUAACAAACAAAAAGCUAUUGACCUGCUCUACUGGAGGAAUGUGAAGCAGUCCGGGGCCGUGUUCAGCAGCGUGCUCCUGCUCCUCUUCUCCCUGACCCAGUUCAGCGUGGUCAGCGUCGGGGCCUACUUAGCCCUGGCUGCCCUCUCCGCCACCGUCAGCUUCAGGAUCUACAAGUCUGUGCUGCAGGCCGUGCAGAAGACCGAUGAGGGGCAUCCUUUCAAAGGCUACCUGGAGCUGGAGAUCGCUCUAUCCCAGGACCAGAUUAGUAAAUAUGCCGACAAAAUCCUGCUCUACACCAACACCUGCAUGAAGGAGCUCCGCAGGCUGUUCCUCGUGCAAGAUCUGGUCGACUCCUUGAAGUUUGCUGUUCUGAUGUGGCUGCUGACCUACGUGGGCGCUCUCUUCAACGGCCUGACUCUGCUCAUCCUAGCUGUGGUCUCCAUGUUCACCAUGCCGGUGGUCUAUGAGAAACACCAGGCACAGAUUGAUCAGUAUGUGGGACUAAUACGGACCCAGGUCAACUCUGUGGUGGGGAAGAUCCAGGCAAAGAUCCCCGGGGCCAAGAGGAAGGAGGAGUAGGCCCGUCUGACUGUCUCGCCGAGAAGCUGACAGUCCAGUCCAGCUCAAGAGUCAAGCAGCUCGCUCACUGUAGAAGAGCCUGGUCGUCACCUGUGGGGCGUAGUGCUGUGUCAUCUUGGUGUUCUCUAAAAGCAUCCACUGGAGAAGCCGUCACCCUGUCUAUAGCAGUCUACACACUAACACACAAAGUCACACACACACAUGAUCUUAUUUCUAGGUAGACAGGUACACAACCUCGAAAAACAAAAAAAAGUAACUGACUUUUUUGUGUUGCUUAUUAGAAAGUGCAUGAAGUUGAGCCUUGGGUAAAUAAUAUUUGAUAUCUUUUUGUGCAGUUUUUCAAUGACGCUACGUUUUUUGCUCUGCAGUGCUUACCACAACCUGUACGGUUUGGCACAAAAAAAGCUAAAUGCCCACAGGCGCGCUUUGCUGCCGAUGUUAAAUACAGCUUCAUGUUUCUGAGUUAGCACUUGGGGCUUCUCUCGGUAUACGUCAAUAUAUAUAAAUAUCAAAAAUGAUUUCCUUUUUGGUGUUUCCAAGCACAAGAUAAUUUAACAGUAUGCGUCUUAGAUGUGGUUAUUGUAGGAUUUUUGCUUUUGUAUAACCAUAAGGAACACCACACACCCAUGUUUUAGGUACUGUUGUACAACUACUAUGAAGACAAGGAGUAUCUGUUGAUAUUUAGCUUGUUUGAAUAACUGUCCAACUUUGUACUAUGUUCAAAUAUACUCUGUAGUUCUCUAGACCCCCGGACUCUUUAACUAUUUGCACUUACAGUAUGUAUUUAAUUACAAGAAUAAGGAAAAUAAAUGUACCUUGAUGUAUAA